AUGAACAUCAACAAACUCAUCUCUAAACGCUCACUCAAGACAAUGGCAGGAACUGGUAAAAAAUUCGAAUUCACUCCAAACAAAUAUUUCACAUCAAAUACUUCUAAAGAUGUUUGGUCACUAACAAAUGAAGCUGCCGCUCAAGCAGCACAAACUUCCCGCAAUAAGGAUCGUGAAUUAAUUAAUUUAGGUCAAGGUUUCUUCUCAUACUCACCACCACAAUUCGCUAUCAAAGAAGCUCAAAAAGCCCUAGAAAUCCCAUUGGUAAACCAGUAUUCCCCAACAAGAGGCCGUGCCUCCUUGUUAAACUCAUUAAUCAAGUUAUAUAGUCCAUUCUAUGGCAAAGAAUUGAAACAAGAAAACAUCACUAUCACAACAGGUGCCAACGAAGGUAUUCUUUCAUGUCUCAUGGGGUUACUUAACGCAGGAGAUGAAGUCAUCGUCUUUGAACCAUUCUUUGAUCAAUACAUUUCCAAUAUUGAAUUGAUGGGUGGUAAAGUCGUAUAUGUGCCAAUAAACCCACCAAAAGAUUUAGAUCAACGUAUCACUGAAGGUACUGAAUGGACGAUUGAUUUCGAACAAUUCCGUAAUGCAAUCACACCAAAGACUAAAGCCGUCAUAGUCAAUUCACCACAUAAUCCUAUUGGUAAAGUAUUCACGAAGGAAGAGCUAACAAAAUUAGGAGAAAUAUGUGUGGAAAACAACGUCAUUAUCAUAUCUGAUGAAGUCUAUGAAUUCCUUUACUUCAAUGACUCAUUCACUAGAAUCGCUACUUUAUCACCAGAAAUUGGUCAAUUAACUUUGACUGUGGGAUCAGCUGGUAAAACAUUUGCUGCUACCGGCUGGAGAAUCGGUUGGGUCAUUUCUCAAAAUCCUGAACUUUUGCAAUAUGUAUCAAAGGCACAUACUAGAAUUUGUUUCGCUUCACCAUCACCAUUACAAGAAGCUUGUGCUAAUUCUAUUAAUGAUGCGUUAGAAUCUGGAUAUUUCGAAAAGAUGAGAAAAGAAUAUGUUCAAAAGUUUAAAAUUUUCAAUGCUGUUUUCGAGGAAUUGGGAUUGCCUUAUACUAAGCCUGAGGGAACUUACUUUGUGUUAGCAGAUUUCUCCAAAGUGAAGAUUCCAGAGGAUUACCCAUGGCCUGAAGAAAUCUUGGAUAAGGGGAAAGAUUUCCGUAUUUCACAUUGGUUAAUCAAUGAAUUAGGUGUUGUUGCUAUACCUCCUACAGAAUUUUAUAUUAAGGAGCAUGAGAAAGCUGCUGAGAAUUUAUUAAGAUUUGCUGUUUGCAAAGAUGAUGAAUAUUUAGAAAAAGCUGUUGAAAGACUAAGAUUAUUAAAGGAUUAUUUAUAG